AUCUUCUUCUUCACCUUCUAGAACUUUGAAAGUAAGCGCUUGCCAAAACCGAUUUUCCUGCAAAAUAAGCCUAUUUGAGUGGAAAACAUGGGUCGUCGCCGUGCCAGGAUGCCUAUUUUCACGAUUGGCGACUUUGUGUUCGCCAAGGUGCGCGGGUAUCGCGCCUGGCCAGCCCGCAUCCUAAACCGCGUCGGUGCCACGGCCUACAAUGUGUACUUCUACGGAACCUGCAACUACGCCAAAGUGCCUCGCAACCAGGUCGUUGACUUCGAGAAGAACCAGCGUCGUUUGGGAGUGGUCCGGCCAAAGGGAUUUGUCUGCAAUCCAACUUUUCGGGGCGCCAUGAUGCACGCCCGCCAGGCAUUCGCAGAUCCGGAUAAGGAUUUCGGGUACUACCAGCAGUUGGCUGUGGACAACGGCGAUUGCGUCGACGCCGAGGACCUGGAAUUGGAGUACAUGGUUACCGAACAUGGAGGCCACCUACAGGAGGAGCAGGAAGCCAAUGAACAGGUAGCUGCGGAGCAGGAUAAGGAGGUAAAUUCGGUGGGGCAGGUCUUAGUCAAUCAGGAGAAAGAGCCGGACUCAAUAGAGCCUGCCGUAGAUUGCCAAAUGGAGAAGCAGGAAGAAUCACAUUCGGUGGCGCUGAAGGAGCAGGUCUCCGAACGGUAUUACUCGAUGGCUCAGUUAGUUUCCCUGAAAUCGAAGAAAUUGGAUACGAUGGAAAAGCUGGCCAAUCGGAAAUCAAAGAUUUCGGUCUCAAAAGAUCAGUUGAAGCAGGCAAAAUCUCAGUUAGUGGAACAGGUUCCAGAACAGCAGGACUCAACGAAGCUUGUGGAGCAUUUAGAGUCCCAGUUGCCUAGUGUGAAUACUAAGACAGGAGUCCACAAGUUGCAGGAGAAGAUUUCAAAAGAUCUGCUCGACAAGCAGGUGGAUGAUCUAAUGAAAAUGCUCGAGGACAUCGAAGAGUACACACGGAAAGAAGAGGCACAAGAACUGGAGGAGUUGAAAUUGGAGGAGAUAUACUAUAGGGAUACGCCAAUUGAUAUGUCCGGCCAACGCCAUCGCUAGUGAGAAUGUAAGGAGAUGCUUUCUACAAACUACUACAAACUGAUUUCUUUGUACGCAUCUUACUCAAAUAUGUUAAGUGAAAUGUUCUAGGCGUUUUACAUGUUGAAAUUAUGUCGCACCUUUAUGUAUUAAAUACUCACCAUUUAAAAACUAAAUCUUUAAGCCUUAAAUGUGAACUAUUUGCCACAAGUUUUUGUUUUCAUGACAUACAAACCAUAGUCUUAAAUGUAAUACUUCAGCUGUGUGAAAUCGAUUUGUAUUUCUUGGAAUUAUAAAAUAGAUUUGUGUAGUUCAGUGGAUUUUGGAUACACAAGUUUUGCAGAAUGCAGAUUACGGCUAAAACUCAAAUGUAUAGUUUAUAAGGAUAUUUUGAAAUGUUAUUACAAUUUACAGACUAAUAUUAUAUUUAAGCAAAAUGUACUCCGACUUAACGAAACCAAAUUUAAUAUAUUGUUUUCAAUCAAAA